UUGACGCCGUCGUCCGUCGAGUCGUUUCGUUUCUCCUAUUCUUUGUGAUCGACUGUGCAUAAUUUAAAAACAGGCAACUUCAGUUUUCCAACAAAACAUUCCGUGAAGUUUUUAGUGAACUGCAGCAAGAAACUCUUUGAUCACUCGGUGGUGCCGUUCGUGUUGAUUCAAAUUGAAGUAUAUUUGGCUUCAAAUAUGGUGGCACUCGUGAUUAAAGAACAUCCAGUACCGGCAUCCAGUACCGAGAAGAUCAUCCCGUCGUCGUCGGAUCGUAAAUUUCUCUUCUUUUUGCUGGCGCUAGGCAAUUUAACCAUGGCGACAUUCAUUUUUUCUGCACGGCCCCUAUCCAGGAAUAUGAAAUAUGUGGUUGAUUUGCCGUUUGAGAAGUUCGAGGUCUUAGACCCAUACGAAUUGCGUUGCGGAUUCAUGCUGAUUAUUUUGGCAGUUGUUUUGUGUGCAGAAAACAUUGAAAAAAGGGAAAUGGCUCCAGCAAUUGCUAUGGCACAGACUUUCGUAAUUGUGCAUGCACUACUUCUCAUCCUGUCCUGCUCAUUUUCGAUUUUGGAUGUUCAUGGUCGCGAAACAACAAAUUCCGAUGAGCUUCUCAGCAAUCAGUUCACAUUUUAUGUCGGAAUGAUUGUUUUUGGAGGGUUAGUCAUUGUUUUUCAAGCGAUCAGUGCUCUUUUUGUGUACAAGUAUUGAGGACCUAUUUUCUUUUUUCCAGCUUAAUUCUUUACUCUCCCUCCCCCACUCUGAUCUUAAAACUUUGGUUUCGCUUCACCUUCCUAUUGCCAUAUUAUCCUAUCUCUCCCUAGUAUCACUUCAAAAUUGUUCUGUGAUUACUUUCACUGUCGUUUUGAAAUUGAAUCUUCGUAAUACAAAGCAGAAUUUGAUUAAACGAAAGUCUAUAUUAUUUUUCCUUCUGAUUCAA